GCGCCCUUACCCAAGAUGGCUGAAACGGAGUCAAUAUCCGCUCUAGAAACCGGAAAUGCGCGACGCUCUAUGGCUCAAAAAGGCUCUUUCGCGUCGCGCUUCCGACGAUUUCCGGCGACCGCUCUCGCGGGAUUGGCUGUUGGCGGCGUUGCGGCUGAGCUCGUGUGCGGCGGCAGCGGUGUUAGCGGCGGCUGCAGCAAAGCGUUUGGCGCGAUGUCUCACACCAUUUUGUUGGUACAGCCUACCAAGAGACCAGAAGGCAGAACUUACGCGGACUAUGAGUCUGUGAAUGAGUGCAUGGAAGGUGUUUGUAAAAUGUAUGAAGAACAUCUGAAGAGAAUGAAUCCCAACAGCCCCUCCAUCACAUACGAUAUCAGUCAGUUGUUUGACUUUAUCGAUGAUCUGGCAGAUCUCAGCUGUCUUGUUUACCGAGCUGAUACACAGACGUACCAGCCUUAUAACAAAGACUGGAUCAAAGAGAAGAUCUACGUGCUCCUUCGUCGACAGGCCCAACAGGCUGGGAAGUAGUUGAGUUGGAAGCAUUAGGGGCUGAGGGUGGGCUUGGAACAGGUGCAUACAGCGUGCUGUAGUGAACAUUUUGUAUGAUAGUAACCCUGUUUCCAUUUUGUUACUAGAGCCAAGAUUGAAUGUAUGACACGAUAGUGAAUGAUCUUUUCAUUCGAAACCACCGUUGCCCCUUUGCUCCUUUCCUUUCUUUUUUUACUUAAACAUUUUUAUGAUAAUUCAGAGAGAAAGUGUUCUUUGCCAGUUAAGGUUGGUUCCAGUCCUGGAAACUGUUUGUAUCUGCUUUACAGCAGUGAGUGCACUAACCCUUUGUGGGGGGUAGGGAUGGUGACGAGCUUAGUUAUGUCCUCUGGGAAAGUCUUAGUGAAAAAUAAAAAAUGUUCUGUAGCUGUGUUUUUUCAUUGAGUGAUUUUUGGUUUUUGUCUCUAAACAUUGAAUUGUCUGGCAAAGCCUUAUCAGUUUUAAAAUCAAUAGGCAGCUACAUAAAGAACUUGACAGUUUAUGUAUUUGGGCCCAUUUUGCUGUGAUUUACUUAUAUGAAGCUAAUAAGCUUUUACCUCAUUUUUCCAGCAAUCAAUAAAUCUCAGUUGUAGUGACAA